GAUAUGACCUAGAAACACGUGGGAAUUCAAACUGGUCUGACACCAAGUUAUGUUAGCCGAAGUUAGUCUUUUUGUUUUCUCUUUAGUAAUAUAUUGCAAUUCCCUGUGGUGUGGUUUUGUCUUUGAUGAUGUGUCGGCUAUCAGAGAUAACCAAGAUCUGCGUCCGUCGACGAGUCUACUGGAGCUUUUUAAAAAUGAUUUUUGGGGAACUCCUAUGGAUGAGGAAAGAAGCCAUAAAUCAUACAGGCCAUUUACAGUUUUAACUUUCCGAAUCAACUAUCUUUUCCACGAGCUGAGUCCUGUGGGGUAUCAUGCUGUCAAUGUUAUUCUUCACUCAUUAGUUGUGAUAUUAUUCUUCAAGUUAUGUUCGUGCUACCUGCAGAAAGAAGCAGCAUUCUUAAGUUCCAUUCUCUUCUCUGCACACCCAGUUCACACCGAAGCUGUAACUGGUGUUGUUGGAAGAGCUGAACUGCUAUCUUCAGCGAUGUUUCUGUCUGCCAUCUUGUUGUAUAUUGGCGGUCAAGAUGGUCUCUGCAAACACCGUCGCACGGUGGAUUUUUUAAACGUGCUCACAGUCGGCCUGCUAAUAUUGAUUGGAACAUUCUCCAAGGAACAAUGUAUUACAGUCUUUGGUGUUUUCUUCACUUAUGAACUUUAUACAGUUUAUCAAAAAAUUUUGUCGAAUGGGAUCGGAUCUUCACAAAGUGGUUUCAAGAAAGGUAGCUGUCAAAAAUCCAGAACAUUGGUCGAUAUGAUUCCUUGUACUUGCCAACAACUUCAAUUUAAGUUGUCGUUGCCUGUGUGGAUUUCAUAUGCAUCUAUUUGUAGAAUUCUUAUUUUGCUUCUGUUUGUUUUUGCUAUCAUGGUUGCACGAAUUCGAAUAAUGGGUGGACAGUUACCCCAUUUUACUGAUCAAAGACUUACUAUUACUGCAUGGAAUAAUAAAGUUACUACACGAUCACCACAGAACCCUUAUGAUCAUCAAAAACGAAAGUUUUCAAAGUAUAAGGCGUCAGAUAUCGGGGUGCAGUGUGGUUGUGAUUGUUUUCAGUAUCGCCGCGCCGAAUGGAUUCGUAAAGCAUUCUUAUUAUUCUCCUGCCUAACAUAA